GAAAUGAUAGAUGAGAUGAAAUGCCAUUCACAGAGAUCCAGCCCCAGGGGAGGCUGGCCAAAGCCAGUUGCUUAGCCUGGGCUGGCUGUUUGUGCAGGGAAGCUGCACGCUGAGGAGAGCCUGGGAGGGAGGAUCACAGUCCUGGAGCCAAUAAAACAUUCACUGAGACUGCUGAACUCUGCAAAGAGUCAGAGAGAGAGAGAGAGGGGGAAAGAAAGAUUUGGCCUUGCAAAUAUCGCAAUGAGGGAAAUAGUGCACAUCCAGGCUGGCCAGUGUGGAAAUCAAAUUGGAACAAAGUUUUGGGAAGUGAUCAGUGAUGAGCAUGGCAUUGACCCAGCGGGAGGGUACGUCGGUGACUCAGCACUGCAGCUGGAGAGAAUCAAUGUCUACUAUAAUGAAUCAUCUUCCCAGAAAUUUGUACCCAGAGCAGUCUUAGUGGACUUGGAACCAGGAACCAUGGAUAGCGUGCGAUCAGGUCCAUUUGGUCAACUCUUUCGACCCGAUAAUUUCAUCUUUGGACAAACAGGUGCAGGAAAUAAUUGGGCCAAAGGACAUUAUACAGAAGGAGCAGAGCUGGUAGAUUCAGUGCUCGAUGUAGUAAGAAAAGAAUGCGAACACUGUGAUUGCUUGCAAGGAUUUCAGCUCACUCAUUCCCUCGGAGGAGGAACAGGUUCUGGCAUGGGAACACUACUCAUCAGCAAAAUCCGAGAAGAAUAUCCAGAUAGGAUAAUGAAUACGUUUAGUGUCAUGCCUUCUCCAAAAGUCUCUGACACAGUGGUAGAGCCUUAUAAUGCCACGCUCUCAGUCCACCAGCUGGUUGAAAAUACGGAUGAAACUUACUGCAUCGAUAACGAAGCUUUGUAUGACAUCUGCUUCCGCACCUUGAAGCUUACCACCCCUACAUAUGGAGAUUUAAACCACUUGGUGUCUGCUACAAUGAGUGGAGUUACCACAUCGUUGCGUUUUCCAGGCCAGCUGAAUGCUGAUCUUCGGAAGCUGGCAGUAAACAUGGUUCCAUUCCCACGCCUUCACUUUUUCAUGCCAGGCUUUGCUCCUUUGACAGCCCGGGGCAGCCAGCAAUACCGAGCACUCACAGUUCCAGAGCUCACUCAACAGAUGUUUGAUGCUAAGAACAUGAUGGCAGCCUGUGACCCAAGACAUGGACGAUAUUUGACAGUGGCCACAGUCUUCCGAGGUCCCAUGUCCAUGAAAGAGGUUGAUGAGCAGAUGCUGGCCAUCCAAAAUAAGAACAGCAGCUACUUUGUGGAGUGGAUCCCAAAUAACGUCAAAGUGGCUGUUUGUGACAUCCCACCCCGUGGCCUCAAGAUGGCCUCUACCUUUAUUGGUAACAGCACAGCUAUUCAAGAGCUUUUCAAAAGGAUCUCUGAGCAGUUUUCUGCCAUGUUUAGGAGAAAAGCCUUCCUCCACUGGUUUACAGGAGAAGGAAUGGAUGAAAUGGAAUUUACAGAAGCAGAAAGCAACAUGAAUGACCUGGUUUCGGAAUACCAGCAGUACCAAGAAGCUGCAGCAAAUGAUGGAGAGGAAGCAUUUGAAGAUGACGAGGAAGAAAUCAAUGAAUAAAACCAAUUAUCUUAUACCAGGCCAAAAUUCUUAUAUCUGGAUUUCUAAAAUUAGGUUUAAAAACCCAUAUUUAGGCUCGAAAAGAAAAAUGAAAAUGUAGUUGAUGAGUGCGUGCCCAUUUAGAUUCUGCUAACUUAAGCAGGACCUGGAGAAGCUUAGCACCUCUGAAACUCGGGCCAUUUCUGUUUAGGAGCUUAAUUUUAGGUGCCUGAUUUUAGAAUUUUGGCAUAAGAAUCUGUCCAAGGAAAUCACUAGAUUUCUUCAAAUAAGCAAAACUGUCUUUCACAGAAAGUUGUACAAGAGGCAGAAUGGAAAUGGGUAUACAUUUGGCAAAAAGGCUGAACUGUUUUAAUCAAACUGAGAACAGCAAAAACUGGUGGGUCUUCAAAGUGUAAUAUGGCACUGAAUGUACAGUACUGAACUUCCAAGAACUAAAAUCUAUUAAUACACAGAAAGAAAUGUUUUAUCCAUGUUCAACUCUUUACAUAGUAAAUCUUGAUACUGAUAUUUGACUUCAGACAUUUAACACCAAAACUAAAUAAAAAUAAGUAUCCUCUCAA